UUUGGUUUGAAAAAAUUAUGGAAACCAAACGUUCAUUUUGUCUCAUCAUUUGCUGCUGUGUUUUGGCAUCGGUCCUCAUCUUCUCCUAUGGAACAGCCUCUCGUAAUUUAUUCGAGGUUCAAGAAGAUGGAAAUGGACAAAGCAAGGCGGGACUAAUGGGACAUGCAUCAUCUAAUGCACCGUCUCAGGCCGGCCGGGAUUCACCUCCGACAUCACGUGGCGGCAUAACUGGAAGAACCCGAAACGCGGUCACGGCGAUGGCAGCUUGCUCAAGGAGUAAUCGUGGUUAUCUUUGUGUCCCUGGCAAUAACCGACCAAAACGGCAAAACUGCACAACUUAUAAUAGAUUGUGUCAUUAAAAUCCAUUAAAAGAAAUUGAAUCUCCAACUCUUUUUGGUUUGUUUCAACUUCCAUCAUAUAGUCCGAAUAGAGUCUGCCUUGCGCUUUCGAUU